UUUUGACUGGCAGGAUCCUCAAUUUGUCUUGGUCAAGAUGAUAAUUAGAAAUUUAUGGAUGGCUUUCAUUUUGCAUAUCAGUGUAGGCUUAUAAUUAACAUGUAAAAACAGAGUAUAAAUUCGAAAGCCAGCACCCAAUUAUCCCUGUACUCUUAAAUUUAGUUCCAAAUUAAAAUGAACUCUAGUAUUGCAUUCCUCUUUUCUAGUCUUGUUAUAUUUCUGAUUACCCCCACCUUUUCUACUUCCUAUGGUGGGAAUGAGACCGAUUAUCAUGCGUUGCUGCAUUUCAAGUCCAUGAUCACCAAUGAUCCACUAAGCUCAUGGAAUGAUUCUUUUCAUUUCUGUGAAUGGAGUGGUGUUUCAUGUGGGAAGCGCCACAGAAGAGUCACUGAUCUACGAAUGAUUUCACAAGGGAUAGAAGGCUCGUUGUCUCCUCAUGUUGGAAACCUCAGCUUCCUUCGUUCGCUUAUUAUCUGGAACAACAGCAUUCAAGGUACAAUCCCUCAUGAACUGGGUCGUCUAUCUAGGCUACGUAUCCUUGAUCUUGGCUAUAACAAAUUCAACGGACUCAUUCCAACCAACUUGUCUCGUUGUUCUAACAUUGAAAAGCUGGGACUCUAUCAUAACCAGCUAGUUGGAAGCAUACCCAAAGAGAUAAGUUUCCUCUCAAAGCUUACCAUUGUUAUAGUUGAGAAUAAUAAUUUAACAGGUGGAAUUCCGGCCGUCUUGGGGAAUUUAACAUCCAUGGAAUAUUUCUCUGCAACCAGAAAUCCGUUGGGUGGGACCAUUCCAGACACCUUAGGCCGUUGGAAAAGCUUAACAACAUUAUACCUUGGUCUUUGUAGCUUAUCUGGAACCAUCCCUCAUUCCAUUUAUAACCUCUCACUCCUAACGAAUUUUUCCUUGGCUGGGAAUCAGCUUACAGGUAGUCUUCCCUCAGCCAUUGGUUCAAUGCUCCCACAUCUUGUGCUACUUCAAUUAUGGGGUAACCAGCUGAACGGACCUCUUCCACCCUCGAUAUCUAAUUGUUCGAAAUUAGAACAAUUUGAACUGAUCUACAACAAUUUUAGUGGGAAGUUGACAAUCGACUUUGCAAAACUAAAAGAUCUUCGUGUGGUAACCCUUGGUGGUUACAUCGGUAGUAACAUCAGUGAACUUGGAGAAGGUGAUGAUAUGACGUUUAUUGAUACCUUGAAAAACUGCAGCAAAUUUGAGGUUUUGCAGAUUUAUAAUUGCAAGUUUCAAGGAGUGCUGCCCACAUCAAUUGGUAAUCUUUCUCAUCGAUUCUAUCAUCUACAUUUAGAAGGAAAUAAUUUAUAUGGAUACCUCCCUUCAAGUAUAGGUAAUCUAGUGGGCUUAGACACUUUAGUUUUAUCACGAAGCUGGUUCACAGGAAAAAUCCCCUCCACCAUUGGUAUGCUUAAAAAGCUACAAGUUGUUUAUCUAUAUGACAACCAAUUUUCAGGGCCGAUUCCAGAUUCCAUUGGAAACUUGUCAUUGUUGAUUAACCUUGAUUUAGGAUCCAACAGAUUAGAAUGGCGUAUUCCAUCAAGCCUGGAAAACUGUCAUCAUCUAUUACAGUUGCAACUUGAUCACAACAACCUCAGUGGCAAAAUUCCUAAACAACUUGUUCAACUUUCAUCUCUAGCCAUAGUAUUAAAUCUUUCUCGAAACAACCUAAUUGGGUCACUUCCAAUAGAGGUUGGCCAACUCAAGAUGCUGAAUGCUCUGGAUUUAUCUGAUAAUAAUUUAUCAGGUAACAUUCCAAACAGCCUCGGUGGUUGCACUAGCCUUGAAUUUUUAUCUCUUAAAGGCAACUUAUUUCAAGGCACAGUACCAUCGUCAUUAAGUUCCAUGAGGGGACUUUCUAUACUCGAUCUCUCUCAUAAUAAUUUAUCAGGCCAAAUUCCUCAUUUCUUAGAACGGAUUUCAUUCGUAUAUGUAAACCUAUCAUUUAAUGAUUUUGAGGGUGAAGUACCGGUGAUAGGAAUGUUUGCCAAUGCAAGUGCAUUCUCUGUUUUGGGGAAUAGCAGGCUUUGUGGUGGCUUGGCUGAGCUUGGGUUACCCAAAUGCAAUGAGACACAUGAUAAACAUAAAAAAAACUUUCCUUUGUUCGCCAUAUUCAUUCUGAUUGCAUCCAUACUUUUCACCAUAUUAUGUUUUGCAUAUGUUUGGUGUAAGAAAAGGAAGAGUCAACCGUCUCCAGCAUCGAGGGACGAACGGUUCAUGAAAGUAUCAUACGCUCAACUUCUCAAGGCUACCAAUGGAUUCUCCGAGGACAAUUUGAUUGGUGAGGGCGGGUUCAGCUCUGUUUACAAAGGAGUCCUUGAUCACGAUGAUACAAUUGUUGCGGUCAAAGUUCUUCAUCUGCAAAACCGAGGUGCUCACAAAAGCUUUAUAGCAGAGUGUGAAGCAUGGCGUAAUAUCCGACACCGGAAUCUUUUGAAGAUAAUAACAUCAUGUUCAAGUGUUGACUAUCAAGGCAACGACUUCAAAGCUUUGGUAUACGAGUUCAUGCCCAAUGGGAGCUUACACGAUUGGUUGCAUUCAAGUGCAUCUACAUCCAGACUGAAUCUUUUCCAGAGAAUAAAUAUUCUCAUGGAUAUCUCAUCUGCACUUGAUUAUCUUCACAAUCAUUGCCUGCCAACCAUCAUUCACUGUGACCUGAAGCCUAGCAACGUUCUGCUAGAUGAUGAUAUGGUGGCUCAUGUUGGGGACUUUGGUUUAGCUCGAUUUCUUGGAACAAAUUCAGGCCAAAACAGCACAAGUGGCAUUAGAGGAACAAUUGGGUUUGCACCUCCAGAGUAUGGCGUUGGGAGUGAGAUGACAAGUAGUGGGGAUGUCUACAGUUUUGGAAUACUAUUGUUGGAGGUGAUGACAGGGAAGAAGCCAACGGACAACAUCUUUAAUGAAGGCCUCAGCCUUCAUAAAUUUGCAGACAUGGCUUUGCCAGACCAUGUGACCGAUGUUAUUGAUGAUGACCUUUUGAAUUUACUUCAAGAGGAAGUUAUUGCUACGCAAUGUACGGAAGCAAAAGCAAAGAAAAUAGAGGAAUGCAUGGCCUUAACUGUGAAGAUUGGAGUAUCAUGCUCUAUGGAUUCCCCACCACUACGGAUGAAUAUUGAAAAUGUUGUCCGAGACUUGCAGCAUAUUCUGGAUAUGCUUCAAAAUAUGUGAGGUGUCAUGUGAGUCCAGAUUGUGUGUAUUUAUUGUUAAAUAUGGAUGUAUUUGAGUAUUUGCUGAAUCUUGUAUUUUGAUGGUAUAAACUAUGAAAUAAAAGGAUUGAAUGUAUUA